UAAAGUCAGAUUGAGACGACAUUUAAAGUCUCGAGGCUAACUCGCUCUUACAGAAAGGAAAUAAACAUUUAAAAAACCGGUCAGUCUGUUUGAGAAGAAGUGGACAGAAAGACCCGAGUCUUUGGAGUUUUGGACAGUCAAAACGGUGCCAUGAAUUGUAAAAAAAAAACCACUUUAAAGUUUCUGCUGUUGUAAGGGGAGCGUUUUUUCCAUCAACCUGUUUCGAAACAAACAGGCUUGACGUAUAUGUGGAUCAAGAUUUACCUUUGGACUCUGUGGCAAGAGCCUUGAUCAAGAUGGGGGUGACUGUAGUGGAGAGUACCCUGAAAUCUGCUGCAAGAAAUAAUGAGGACUCCUAAAUUCUUCAAAGGGAUCUCUGAGCUGCUGAGAUGGAGGAAGCAUACAGUGAGCUUUACCAGCAAUUUCUUCGCCUGAGGUCACUCUGCCUGAGACAGGCUGCUCUGUUACAUCAACUCACAGCUGCGCUACAGAAACAGCAAGGCAUCACUGGUCCUAAUGGACAGAGUGAUAUGAUGUCCAUCCCAGUCCAGUGCAGUCCAGAAAUCCCUGUUUUUCUUCACGAAAGGCCUCAACAACAAACAGCAGCUGCACUUAACCCUGCAGUGAAGUGUUGUUUCGAUGAACCCUCUAGAAAUGCAGAGAUUUUCUCAGAUAUCCUUGCUAAGGAUAUGUCCAAGCUCUGUGUGGAUUUGCCUCCUGAGAGAAAGAAAGAUGGGAACUUUAAACAGAAGGUUGAUCCCCUUUUAAGCCUGGACUUCUCGAGGUGGCAGGGAGCCUUUUCUAAUGUCUCAAAAAAUCAGGGUCAAGCAGAUCCAUCUAGUGGAGACAGGAUGAUGCACACUGCAGCAACGUCUGUGUCAGGUGGUCCCAUGCAAGCAGGGGACUUCCUGUAUCUGUCUGGUGGGAUGCUGAUGUCAGAUGUGGCGCUGCAGUCUCAUGUUUGCGAGUUCUGCCAGGCAGUUUUUCCUGGAGACACAACCACCAGAGGAGAGAUCCUGAGACAUCUUUACACCCAUGUUACCUGAACUGGUCUGACUUUUCCUCUUGACAUUUUAGUGAUAUAUUCUUGAAUAUUUAUAAUGGUGGAUCAAUCUUAAUGCCAGCUUACUCAAUCCCUUAAAAAAGCAAAGAUGACAUGUAUAUAGCUGCUAUGUGCCUUUUCAUAAACUGUAAAAAUGCUAGCAUUACUCUUAAAGGAAAUAUAGAAUGAGGGAUGAAAGGCUUGUUACUCUAACUCCCAGUGUGGAGUAUUAUAAGUAUGCAUAGUUUAUUUGUUUAUUUAUAUCUUUUUGUGCUGUUUAAACUCAGUUUGAGCUACACAGAACCUUGAACUGUUACAGCUUAAUUUGAGGUUCAUAGCAUAACCAUAUAUUCCAUCUUUACCUUAACUCUGUUGAUCAUGGUCCAUCCCAGAUGCAUUACAUGUUAUAUUUACAAUAUUAGAAAAUAAAAACUUGUAUAAGAAAUGGCUCUGCUUUGAUGACUGUGAAGGUUUAAGUUGCAAGAAAAUGUUCAAUAACAUGAGAUU